CCCAGACUUAUUCUGAUCUGCCAUGUGUUUGAAAGGGAAUGACUGGGUAGGACUCACUUCGGAGGACUUAAGACAUUUGUUAUUGUUGAGGAGAAAAAUUUACUUCAUACGAAUACUUUAUUUUAUAGGAUGACAUAAGGCCGAAACGGACUUGAAGUACUGUAAAACUGCUAAGAGUAAAUCAAAACAGGGCUUUGAAGAUCAAAGGAGGAAAAAAGGUAAAAGACGAACAGAAUGGGCUGAUGUAACUUUUCACGUGGCCUGCGAUGAAUUUCUUCUCGUCUGAUAUAGCGUUAAUCAAUGAAGUACGUAAGUGAAUCUCAAAAAACAUAGAAAUGUUUCGAAAUGUAUACUUCCCUGCCGUGCAUAAUGUCAGUUUGAGCUCCCCCUCGUUGCUAAGUUUGAAAUAUUUCCAAAUGAAAGUUACUGAUUAGUACCAGUUUUUUCACAGGGUUUUAUAGAUAGAUGUCACCAUUUUCUUUCACGGUGCCAAACUUUUUGACGGAAAAUCACAAUGCCUCCAUAUACGUGGUGUGACAAAGAGUGACGAUUGACACAUUAUAUUGCGUGACAUGGACAUCAGGACUCCGCUGGCUGAAAUACAACGACGUGUUCAAAAUAAAUUAUGACCUUCAAAUGUCACUCGCUUUUCGCGCUCUUGUCGAGAGUAACGAAGCACGGUUUGAAAGGUAGGAAUUGCUUCCCCUCGUAAAUCGAAUAUUGAUAUUCCAAAAUUUAUUAUUUAGACGAUACUUCUGCGUAUUCCUCGCCCUUGUUGUGAGAUGUGAUGUCACAUGGGCAAGUUCAGGCAAAAUCGCUAACUCGUGUACCGAGUGGCUAAAAGUUUGCGCGCGUAGUUCAAAUGAUGCAUGCAUUAGGUUCUCUCUAAAGCCUUUAAACUAAACAUUACAAGAAAGAAUGGGUUAGUCAAAUAUUUCCUCUUUAUUUUUGCUGUCUCUGGAUUGUUUUGCCCAAUUUUAAAGAGAAAUACGAUUUUCGCUCGGUUAUGGUUUAUUGUUUCCCCAAGGAAAGCUUCAAUCAGUGAACAAGAGAGCUUUAGUUUUUCGUAAUUCCUUAUUAAGCAAGAAAUUUAGCUUUGGAGCAGAUUUUUUCGUUAAUGGAAAAAGAUUAAUGCUAAAAAUAGUUAACAUAUUUCUUAAUUUAUUUAUUUCGCGAAAUGGUGUGAAUUUGCCACCAGAAAAUGUCAAUUACUUUUUGUUUAACAUCAGUAGAUAGGGAGGUUGUGCAAAUUGAUAUAUGUAUGAAGGCGUGAGCUCAUGUCUACCUUGUGGCCAACAAUUUAGAUGGUAGAAAUGUUAUUUUCAAUUUGAUAGGUACAUCUUGGGUAUCUGAAGGCCCCUUUUAUACAGUGUCUUACCCCCUAAAUUAAACCUGUUCUUGUACAUCUGCAGGCAGCCUAUCUAGAAAGAUGAUUGGAAAUAUUAGAAACGUUAGUACAUGUAAUGGAGUCAAUGGAAGCAAUGACCAUUCAGUGAACAGAAACAUCACAGUAAGUACAUGUUCAAGAUCAGUUUUUUUUUAUCAGUUUUUUAUUUUACUAUGGGUGAUGUAGUAUCAGAAUCAUACUUUCAUGUAUUUUAUCUGCUUUUUCUCAUAGAUUUGUUUUCUUAUUCAUUAAUAAUACAUUCCUGGUAAUCAGAGGAAGCUAUAAAAUUUAAACUUUUCUGUAUUGUACCAUCAUUACAGAGGGUAGCUAUAUCAAAAACUUUAAGUUCUCAUUGUGAGGUUUAUAGGAGAAAAGUUUGCAAUAUGUGCAUUUAAUGUUUAGGUGGCCAUAGAGGGAAACAUUGGAAGUGGAAAGACAAGUCUUUUGAAGUUUUUCAAGAAAAAUUCAUUGGUAGAGGUAUAUUUCCAAAAUCUUGUUUUAUAAUAAUUCUAAAUGAUUAUCCAGUGAACUACUUUUUUUUUUUAUAGAGGAUUGAAAAAAAGAAUGCUGUCAUUACUGAGAAAUUUCUGCCCUUUUGAGGUGCAUAGAAAAAAAAUAAAAUAGGGUAUAUAAAAACACAGAAAGCUAUGGCAAGUGAUUUUAAACCCAAGAACCCUAGUACCUUGGAUACCAUGAAUGUCUAACUUAAAAUAGUAAUUGUUAGCCAUGUUUCAAGAUAGAAUAAUUCAUAAAAUAUUUUGUUUAAAGUUUUUAUAAGAGCAUUUUGUCCCCUAGGUUAUUGAGGAACCUGUGAAAAAAUGGCAGAAUGUUGAUGGAAAUAAUACUUUGGUAAGAAAAUAGCAUUAUAUAACCCAGGUGACUCCAUUUUUUAGACUUCCAAGAAAUCAAUAAAAAUGUGUUUAAUCAUGGUAAUUGAAUUGACUUUUAGGAACUUAUGUAUAGUGAUCCAAAGAGAUGGAGUUACUUGUUUGAGUCCUAUGUCCUUCUCACUAUGAUGCAAGUUCACCAUAGACCCCAGGUAAUAUAAAGUUGAAAUACUUUGCCCUACAAUCAUCAGUGUAGUUGAAAUUUAAUUAAUAAGAAAAAAAACAUACAUGUAACAUUUUGAUAAUUUUGUCUUCUUAUUUUAGACUACACCUGUUAGACUACUUGAGAGAAGUGCAUAUAGUGCAAGAUACUGCUUCAUGGAAAAUCUCCAUAGAAGGUAAACUGAAACAUGCAAUUAAAGGUGAAAAUAAUCUUUUCAAAAUCAUGUGAAAAUAGUGCAAUUCCAUUUAAUUAACUCUUGACUGCUCUUAAGUUUAGCAAAGGUAGUCUUGGCCAUCAUCAUUGCACAUUUGUCCUUGUUGUUACUCUAUUGACAAAAAAAUUUUUGUUGUGGGUAAUAUAUGCCAAUUCUUAUUGUAGAUCAUUAUUUUGACUAUGAUUAUUAUAAUGUUUCUUGAUCGGCAGUUGAUAACAGGCACCUAAAUGUUUGUAACAAUCGUUGGCUUUCUAGCACUUGAUAUCUAACAUAUUUUGUUCAGUAUUAUUCUUCUGAGUGCAACAAAAGAAAUAAUGGAUGUGCUGUAUCUGCUUGAAAGCUAACAUAAAUUAUUUUGAAAUGUUGUUAUUCUAUCAUUGGUCUAUGUGCUGUUGUAGCCUCUGUUUCAGAUAUUAUCUUGUUAUGUAUUUAUAUACCUUUUAUUUUCUUUUAAAUAGUGGUAUGUUGUCAACAGUAGAGUAUACAAUCUUCCAAGAGUGGUUUGAAUACCUUAUGACAAAUGAAAAGCCUCAGAUAGAUUUAAUAGGUUUGUACUUGUCACUUUUUUCUCUUUUUUGUUUACUGCAACAUUUGCAUUUGAUUUGAAUUCAUAAUUUGUAAGCAAGAGCCAACUUCUUACCAGUCUUCCCUUCAAUAAAAAUUUAUUAUCAAGAUUCUUGAUACAUAAACAGGAAUUUUAGAGAGCCAAGAUGGUAUUAUAAUAGUGGUGAGACCACUUACUUGCGCCCCUUGGACUUACAUUCAGUUUUUCAACUUGGUGUCACAAGGGGAGUGCCCCUUUUUUUCUCUCUCAUAGAGUUUUACCCAGGUUUAUCUAGUUUUCCUACCUCCACAAAAAAUCGACCCCCCUAAAAUUGCAGUUUGACUCAGAAACAUUCAAAAGGAGUCACAUUGUGGCUGUAGUUAUUUUAUUUAAUAUAUGUAGAUUACAUAUUUUGUUAAAUUCCAAGUCAUAAUGAUUUGUAAUUUAACUUUUUCUUAUUGCAACAUCACUUAUAUUAAUUUUUCAAUAUUGUUUUUGGACUCCCAUAUACUCUAGUAUAUCUCAGAACAUCACCAGAGAAAUGUAUGGAAAGAAUAAAGAAGAGGAGUAGAGAUGAGGAAAGUUCAGUGUCAAUGGUAUGUGUUAUGAGCAGAUCCACUCAUGGCAGACUUUUAAAAUGCAUUACUGAUUUUUUUUUGCUAUUCCCUGUGUGACAGCAACAUGCAUUGAAUAUUUAAGGGAGGAUUAAAUCUUUAAAUUGUCAAAAUGUUUAAAUAAUACAGAACUAGAGCAAAAUUCUACCUGCAGUAUUUUCACUGUUGCCUGCAUUUUAUGCACACUUAAUGAUAGAAAGAAUAUCUAUACACUGUAUGUUUCUAGUCUUUUCUGUAGAGGGAUUAACUGUCAACAAUGGAAAAACAAAAAUCUAGCUCAUAUAUAUACAAAUGAGACAGAUGGGUCAAGUCUAUGUGCAUGUACAGCUGUAGGCAAAAUUUAGAUGUGCAUAUUUUCAUUUAAACAUGUACACAUUUAUGUGAUAACUUAUGUGCAUUUUUUGCGCUUUUUGUGGUUAAUGUUUAUGUGAGGGGUACUGUACAUGUAGGUAAUUGGACUAGACUCAUAGAGUUGAUUUCCCUUCUUACAGGAACUUUUAAAUUCUUUGCAUGAAAGAUAUGAAGAAUGGCUGGUGAAAAAGAGCAAAUUCUCCCUGCCUGCUCCAGUAGUAGUAAGUUCUUUCACAACCUGAUAUUAAAUGUAUCAUUUCUGUGUGGUGGAACUAGCCAUCUAGCAAGGGUUGGGACAUUAAGAUGUACAGCAAUGAGGACAGUAUUUUAUAAGUUUAACAAUGCCUGGGUUUUCCGUUUUAAAUUUGAGAGUAUUACCAUAUGGUCACCAGGUACUGAAAAAAUCCUUUCUCUUUGCUAACACUUCUUUUUCGAUGAACAAAGUACUCAUCAUGUACUUGAAAUGGUUCACUCAGUUGUGUGCUAGAUAAUUUUCAGUGCAUCAUAUUAAUUUUUGUUAUACAAGUCUUGCAAGAAUCACUUUGGUUUGGUUGAUUGUGCUUGAUUUCGAUAGAGAUGUCCAGCUUCAAACUUGGUCGUUAGGUGUUGUGUUCUCAUAGUAAACAGGGGUUAAGGGGAAAGUGACCAACUGUCAUUUAACCUGACCUAAUGUUAGUCCAGGAGAAUAAAACAAUAGACUUGUCACCUUGUGAUCUAUCAACUGGUGUUCUAUCACUGGUGGUUAAGUCACCAGGUCACCAGGAUGUAACCUUCAUUUUUGAAUAGAGAAUUUACUUACAUUUAAGUUUAAUUAACCAAAAAACUUUUGCUUUUCUCUAUUCUAGGUGGUAGAUGGCAAUAAAAGCUUAACUUAUAUGUUCCAGUUUUAUGAAACAAAUACUCAGCUUCUUUUGGGUAUUAAUGCCUCAAAAACAGAAUAAUACUGACAACCAAUGCUUUAGAAAGUUUUAUUGUUAGAGGUUAACCAUGUGUAUUUCACUGCAAUUUGUAAAUAUCUAUUGCUAAGCAUUUACAUGUGUACAAAUGUAUAAUCAGUGCUUUGGAUGCCAUUCAGCAGUUUCUACAACCUGUUAUGAGACAAUUUUCUUUUAUGGCAAGAAAAGGAAGAUCAGCCACCUCCUCGUUUAAUAAGAGAAGGGGCUUGAAAGCAGGUUAUGGUUGAAUCAGUAUAUGCAUUUUAUCUCUUUUAACCUUCAAGUAUCGUAGAUUGUGGUAUAUUUUUUCUUUUGAACAAUAGUGAAAGAGAAGCACUUUGUACGACUAUUUAUGAAAAUGGCAAUUUUUAAGUCAUAUUUUGUAACCAGUAAUGCCAUAACUAUUUGAACCCAUGGAAUUUGUAAAGUUCUGUUACAUUGUUAUAAACAAGUAAUUUGUUUAUGAAUUUUAGCAAAUAAAAUUGGAUUUAAAAUCACAAUGAACCCUGAUUUCAUUCAAUCCCUCUCUUGCUUUGUUUUCAAAAACCCAAUUUGUUUCUGAUGGAAAGUAUGAUGCAAAGCUCUAAUUUAUUCUUUUUUCUAUUUUCUGGUAGUAAUAGGAUCAGAUUGAUGUAAAGUAAGUGCCAUGUUAAUUUUGAUGGAGUGCUAAGAUUAAAAACUAGGCGAAAGCUAUCUGAGGGGAUUUUCACGCAAUGCUUCAAGUCUAAUGCAUGGUAGGGAAUCUAGAACAUCACUAAAUUCAAUCAACUUACACUGGUUUGAGCGAUUGAACUUAGAAACUGGGCCGAGUUUUUGUUGUUCCAGACUUCUCACGUUCACUAUUUUUACUUUCCCGCCACAAUUUGAUUAUUUUCUUCCAUUGUCGCCAUAUUUCUUCUCGCUCGGCACUUCGUUAUUUGAAGGUAAGUUAACCAAACCAUUGAUGUUUAUACGCAUUCUACUGUUGUAAGAUUGAUUGCUUUAGUGAAAUCGGCUGCGCUGAUGUGUUUAAGUUUUGAAAAAGCGUGACUUUCAGUUCUUUGUUUCGGACUGGAGUGAAUCGGUUUAGAGUUGGAGGCGAGAACACCAGCUUCUUGUCGCGAUCGCAGUGGAAUGUUAAGGCUAGCGUAUGGAAUUUGAAGGCCAUUAGAACGAUAUCACUUCUAUUUCCAUACAUACAAUGUCUAUUCGAGGUAAUCCUCCUCAAAACAACCUGAAUUUACUUGUAAUUCCGUUUCUCUCACAGAAAUAAACAUUUGUAAUUUGGCGCUUUCCUCGGAUUUCUUCAACAAUGCUUAGUUAUACGGAUUCUUUGGUAUCAGAGUGUGCAAUGGAAGAAGAUACACGGGAAAGAAAUAUUACGGUACGACUUUUACGUUGCUGUCAUCUUAUUUUUAUCCUAACUACAAGCUAAUUUUGAUGAAAAUUUAUGUAUAUCAAGUCUUUCCUUUCACCUGUCCUCCAUUAAAUAAAAAAUCUAACUUUUUUAUAGGUUGCAGUAGAAGGCAACAUAGGAAGUGGAAAAACGACUCUUCUCAAUCAUUUUAGACAUCAUUCCGAGGUAGAGGUUAGUAUAAACCCACUACCUUCGACAUUAGUCUGGCAUUACAUCUCAUCGUAAGUUUCCAACAGGAUAUUACCCAAAUUUUCUUUGCUAAAUUAAAAUUGUAUUGUUGGUGUAGAGUGUGUAGUAUGAGCAUUAAGAUAAAUCUGAGAAAUUAUAUAUCCUGCCAAGAAAAUCUUAUCAGAUCAAUCUUACAGUUAAUAAAAAAUUUCUGAAAUAGCAAAAACUCAUUUAAUUUAUUUACAGCCAAAUAAAAUGAAACAAAUUUAAAAUAAAACUAAAGGUUUUUCUGUCAGGGUUUCUUAACCCAAGUACCAGAACAGAUAUUUACACCAGAUUUGUUUAAUCCCAGACAUCCUAACUGCCCUUUUGUGAACUAAAAUUCCCUCUCUUUGAUACUGCAUAGGUACUGGAGGAACCUGUCGAUAAAUGGAAGAAUGUUGGUGGCAAAAAUCUUUUAGUGAGUUUAUACUGUAAUUUUGGUAUUGCAUCCAUGUAACCCACAAGCUUUGUCCUAGUUUUAUAGCAUUGAAUUAAGUUUAUCCGUUUAAUGGGACAGCAACAGCCUCUUUACAGGACCAAUGGAAAAACCUUUUUUUUCUCCUGACUCUUGAUUCAAUUGUUUCACAUAGUACUUUUUAUCAUUUGAUUUGCAAAUAUUUUUAUUUUCUUGGUGCUUGUGCACUACUUUAGCUUACGCUGUAAGUUUUAUAUACAUUUUCACUUUAACACUUCCUUCCUCUCCUAUUGAAAAGGAGUUGUUUUACACUGACUGUCAACGGUGGAGCUACUUGUUUGAAUCUUAUGCUGUUCUUAGCCUCAUGAAAAUUCACAAAAAACCCCAUGUGAGUAAAAGAUACUUGAAUUUAUUAAUUAUGUUGAUUUAUUAUUCAUUAUUAAUUAGUGAUUUGAAUUAACAGGAUGACAGCCUAUGAUACUUUUAAUGUGUUUUAAAAUGACUGUCAUUGUGGUGAUAUUAUUGUUCAAGGAGACGUGUUUGUUUUAGUACUUAAAAAGACUUCUUCCAGGCAAAUACACACCAGCAGACUUAUUAGUUGUAAUUGGCAAGUCAUCAUUUGUUUUUUUAGCUUGGCCUCUGUGUGCCUAUAAUUUUGAAGAAGUUAAAAUUUUUGCCAUCUCAUUCAUCAGGUUACACCAGUGAAAAUGAUCGAAAGGAGUGUCUACAGUGGCUACUUUUGUUUUGAGCACAAUCUUUGUAAAAGGUGAUUGCAUAUUUUAGAAUUUUCCAUAACUUCUUGAGACUCACUCUCUUUCACUCCAAAAGCAUUCACCAGCCAUCCUGAAAGAUGGAUGUUAAAAAUGGCUUUCAUUUUUACAGUGGCAUGAUGUCCAAAGCAGAACACUCUGUUCAUAAUGAGUGGUUCAACUGGAUAACAAAGCAGCAGCAACCUCAUCUAGAUCUAAUCAGUAAGUUUUUUAAAUUUCCAUAUAACAUCAACAAGAGAAAUCAUGAUACAUUCCAUGAUCGUGAUCAUCAUAACUACAAGUUGUCAUUUGUUUUAAAGUACAACAGUAGUGUGAUAUCAAUAUGGGUGGUUUGUCUGUGAUAAUGUUGCAAUAAAUUUUUCACCCAGUUUACCUAAAGACAUCUCCUGAAACCUGCAUGGAAAGAAUAAAGGCAAGAAAUCGAAGUGAAGAAAAGACAAUCCCUAUGGUAGGUUGUGUGUAUUGUUGUUGUUUUUUUAUAAGAUUUUUGUAUUGGAAAUUUUACCAUACAAUUCUUAUUAAUGUGCCUGUAACUUAUCUGUUCAUUUUCAAAUACACAUCUACGUGUAAAAUACUCUGGGGAGAAGAAGAUUGUGUGUUUUUGAUGAUUUUUGAGAAAAGAUUGCUCUAAAUAAAUUCUUCCUUUCUUAAAAGUUUGUUUGAUGAACCAUUACAAACACAAUUUUCUUAUUUAUAAUUAAUUACAUCGUUUUAAUACCAUACGAACUCCCAGUCGAGCUGAGAGUAGGUUAACAGCAACCAUAAAUGUUUUUAAAAUUUAAGAUAAUUGCAGAAGGGUUCCUGAUUGGCAGGAGGUGUACUGUGAUUGAAUCUUAUUAUUUGUGUCCUCUCCUUCUUGUUUACAGGAACUCCUAAAUGCAUUACAUGAGAGACAUGAAGAAUGGCUAAUUCAAAGAAAGUUUCCAGUUCCUGCUCCAGUUAUGGUGAAUAAACUAUUAUUUGCUAAUGCACAUGUAGAUUCUUUUGUUUUACAAAAACUGAAGAACUAGGAAUAUUGGAGGGCAACUGAACUCAAAGUUGAAGUAAACAAACUAUAAUAAAGUUACAGCUGGUUUCAGUUUGCAUCUGAUAAGCUUAGAAGUAGAACAUACAGUAGUUACUCAUAUCUAAUGCAAUCCCAGAUUUCCCUGAAUACGAACAGGUACAGUAACAGGUUGGUGUCUAGAACCUCAGUGGCUCAUGUAUAAACUUUGCUUGGGUAUCUUAAGAUCCUUAUGGAAAUUCCUGCUUUUGCCUGAAUCAUACACUUCUUUGUAAAUAGUUAUUAUUAGUAGUUAUUAUUAGUUAGUUAUUAUUAGUCACCACAGAAGUAUUCAGUUUUACAUCAAGAUCAACCUCUUGGUCUGAUUGUCUAUUUGUUGUUAUUAUCUGUUUGCUGACUGAUUUAAAAGUUUUUAAAUGUUAUUUUCAGGUUGUAGAUGGAAACAGAGAUCUUGAUGAGAUGAUAACUUUUUACAAGAAAAAUGACCAGUACAUUCUUGGAAUGAAACAAUGGCCACAGUUACACUCUCUACAACAACCAGUAUGUUAAGAGCACACCAAAAAACAUGAACAAGAAUGUAAUAUAUAUUUAUGUUAUAUGUGUUUCAGCCAAACUAUACUCUGGAGAAGAGCACUUUGUACAUCUAUUUUUUAUGAACACAUGAAAUUAAUCAAUUGCUGUUGCUUCUUUUGUCUCAAAUUUUUUUGUUAAGCACUUACAAGCUGGGUACUACAUUACAUAGUUUCAAAAGUUCAAUCAAAAUGAGCCAAAACAUAGCAUUUUAUCUAAUAUUUUCUUAUGUAACUGGUUAAGUCUACUACAGUAGUAAGGCCUGGUAGUAUUUGAAUUUUUGUUAGGAGUAUUUGUAUUCAUGUAGCAUUUUAAGGGUGCACUGUGUUUGGCAGAUUCUACUGUUUGUAGAUUUUAAAAAAUUGUAUUUGCACAAUCUGCUACAAGCUAUGACAUACAAAAUGUAAUUAUUUUCCACGCUUUUCAAGAAUAGUGGGGAAAGAAUGGAAAAAAUAAAUUAUUAAAUAAAUAAAAACAAAAUACCAGUAGCUUUCAGUAGUUUAACAAAGUGAAAAAUGAGUCACUAAACCCAGAAAUAAAGUUGUUUUGUGAUGCAGACUACUUCUAGUUGUAAAGACUAUCUAGUUAUUUUAGUGGGGACAUGCCUUGCACAGGAAUUUUGGUCAUGCUUCAUCUUAGCUUAUGGUCUUUUCUCUCCUAUACCACCCAACUCAGUUCUUUAAUAAGUAUAUAUUUUCUGUAUUUAUUUAUAUAUAUAUAUAUAUAUAUAUAUAUAUAUAUAUAUAUAUAUGUAUGUGUGUGUGUGUGUGUGUAUAUAUAUGUGGGUAGAGUCUACCUUGGCAUAAUGCUGUGGUGGCAGAGCUGAGUAUAUAUAAGUGAAAGAAUCAAGGAGGACGCAUCGAUUCUCUGUUACUCUGAGUUUCGCGCCUAAGCACUCAUCAGACAGAACUUUAUUCAAUGAAGAACAUACCUCCUUAUAUACAAAUUAGAUAAGUAGCUAAUUAAUUCACUAGUGUGAUGAUCUGAUCUACAUGUGAAAUAAAGAUUCUAUAGAGUUAUUGUUGGCGGCUUGUGAAAUUUGCUAAGUAAAACUUAUUCUCAUGGCAACAUUUAGAAAUGAGUUCUGUUCUUUUGUUUAAUAAAGAUGGCUUUUUAGCUCUAAUUAAAUAAAGUUUUUCUGUGAGGCACAAGUAGCACGGCUUGCUUUUGUUGCUGUAGGCCGGGGUGGUCGCUAAAAUACUCCAGUUUAUUGUAAAAUUGGUGUUGUUGUCUUUGAGUGUCCAGAUAUGCUUUGAUAGUUCCGUGCUGUUUGAAUAGUUUCUGCUUCGAAAAGAAAGUUUGUGUUGUGUGUAACGUUGUUUAAGACAGAAAAGUUCUGUCUGACCUAUUGUAUAAAUUUAACUAGCCUUAGUUUACCUAACUUUGUACUGAUGAAGCCCUUACCAGCAAAACGUUUAGUACCAAAGUAUAUAAUAUUUGUGCCUCUCAAAGUCUAAUUUUUUCUCAUAUGCAUAUAUGUAUAUGUAUAUAUAUAUAUAUAUAUGUAUGUAUUCUGCAUAUUUCUAUUUGUUAACUUGUGUUAUUUAGUAAUUACCAAUCAGAUAUUAAUGGCUGAUUGAGUUGUAAAACCAAAAAAGAAAAAAAAAAUGAAAAGACAGUUUGUCCUAAAACCUUUUCAACCUUACCCUUCCACAAAAAUAAAAUAAAUUGAUAUAAAUCAGUUUUCUCAGUAUUUUCAAUUUCAUGGUAUUUGAUAUAUCCUAGAAUACUUAUUUGUACACUGUAUUGAGAAAAAGAGUAUACUUUUACUUUAGUCCUUCUUUUUACUGUCGUCGUCGGUUUUACAGUUAUCGAUGUUUGGACAAAAAGGCCUUCAAAAUUUGAAAAAUGUACUAAGGGGUACUUUGUGGUCUAACCAAAUCUUACAUUAUUUUGCAAACGCAAAUGGGCGAAGCCGUCAGAACAUCUGAUCAGCGGAAGCAUCACAUGAGAUGUUUCAUAGUAUGUAAGAGUUAUUUCAGUCGUUCAAGAAGGACGCCGCCAAAACAUUAAAUAAUUCAACAGUGGAGAUUUUUAGAAACUACAUCUUUAAAUAUGUUCAAAAGCAAUCAGGUUUUUCUAGCCAGCUAUUUCAAUUUACUUCGUUCCUGUCACUGUGUAACUAAUAUUAACAAUAUCGGUGGAAAGACCAAUUUGAUGCAAACUUCUAAGAUGUUCUCGACCGCAGCUGAUUUUUUAAAAAUAGGAUUGUUAUCGUUAUCAGCACCAAGAUGUUCUUCUCUUUGUUUCCACGGACUAAAAGAACGUAAUGGUAAGUACAGUAGAUAAAUCUGAAGGAGGAAUCCUCCCUAUAUUUAAUUCUAAGUUCCCUUUAUAAGAAAUCAUUUUCAUCCGGCAAAUUGUGACCUCCAAGGUAAUACGCGGUUGAUUUUCCAUCGCGUGCUUCCCAUAAGGCUUUUACGUGACCAAAGUACGUGAACUUGUUUAAACCGGUGGUACUGCAUCUAUGUAAUCACUGUCAAACUAAACCAUCAGCCUCCCUCAGCUUUGUCUGAAUUUGUUCAUUGGCAAGCAAUAUAAUUUUCUUCCCCACCCCAGAGGUCUUUGGGGCUGUGUGAUGAUAUUUGCAGCCAGGGAGGAUAGGAGAGGGAAUAUAGAUAAGCAGGAUCUGGUUUGGAGUGGGGUAUCAUUCACUGGGAAGCUGGAAAGUAUUUUAAAGGACCAGUAGUACAUUCUAGACUUAUAAUUGUGCUGUUCAGUGCUCUUGCUCCACUGGGUUCAUGAUUUCCCCAGACAACAUAUUCUCCUUUUACUUUUAGCAAAGGUCAAACCACAGCAUUUAAUGAUCAGAAUGACACUCAGCAGGGAGAAUUACUUAUUUGAUCUUGGGAGCUUAAGGUUAAUGCUCUUUUAUUGCAGGCAAGGGCUGCUGGAAAAGAUCGAGUUCAAACUCUUCAUACAUCACACCCAGCGGGGUUAGUUUUCAUUUUGAUACUCACAGGCUGGUCAGAAGACUCCAGGAGAAUGGUUAGUUGAUCAGUCAAUUACACUUGCCAAAUGUUAAGCAAUGCAUGCUCUUUUUGUAGGAAUCUAUGAUGUUAUUAAUGAUGACACUCUGCAUUAAAUUAACUUUUCAUUUUUGCUCAAUUGUGAUAUCAUGAAUGAUAAUAGCUAGAAGUAUGUGGUCAUUUUAUAUAGGGUAAUUUAGUAUUAUCAACUGAUUUGAUUGUGUAAAUUGCCCACCAUAAAGAGUUGCAGAUGUUUCAAGUACUAGCCCUUUAUCAGAGCAAAUGGUAGUGUUUUAUAGUUGUUGUGUUAUACAGUUGAUGAUCUACUGGUUGCUACCUAUAGGAAUUGUAGCUUUACAUGAUAUGUAUUGGCUUGCUAAUGAGUGUAGGGUGUGGCAAGGCUCCUUGAAGAUUGGGAGAGUAGCCUUGCAAGGGGCAAGGGAAAAGCCACCAGAGAAUGUGCUACAAAUGGUAUGGGCUUAUUAUCUGUUAGGGUUUAUGGAAAAUCUCGUCAAGACUAAUAAAAAUUAAAGUGUUGGAAGAUGACUUAAUUUGCUCUCUGAUGUAUAGCUUUGAAGAAAUUAUAGGUAGCAAUUGACUGUAAAUUGUAUGAUAUUAUGAUAUGUAGGGUGGCAAUUAUUCUUUCAAGCAGUUACCAUUGUGGAAGACACUUUGUGGCUGGCUUGUAAGAAGCCUAUCACAAGGGUUAUGGUGCAAAAAGCAAAGUUGCCAGCUGGGCCUGCUAGGAGCCUGACACAAAAGCUAAGACCCUCUCUGCCAUCAUUUCUUGUUUUUUUUUUUCUAGCCACUCCUGUUACAGCUUAUAUGAGCCUAGCCUACCCGCAGGCUAUUUUACUUUAUAUAUAAAUGUUUUUCCUUUAAUUUUCUCUUUAAACAUGUUCUUUCAGGAUUUACAGAGGCACAAGCUGAGAGCUUGACAACAUCUUUGGUGGAUAUAAUUACAUCAAGUGUUCUUAGUGUAACAAAUAGCACUGUGUCAAAGAUUGAUCAGGUGAGUAUGGUUUGGUUGCAACAUAAGAACUGUUUGUGUGACUCAUUCUCAUUUUUGAGGGCAUCAGUUUUCUCAUGAGGGGGGGCACAAAUUGAGUAUUCCCUCAGGCCACUUGAUAGUAGCUACUUCUUGCAUUAACUCUUUCACCUCAAAGAGUGACUUGCAUCUAAUUUCUCCUUACAAUAUCAUCCCAGAAUAAGAAAAUGUACAGAGAACAGUAUGGAGAAUAUUCAUGCUGAUGUUAGGGUGUAAAGGAUUUGAUCACCUAAAACAUCAGCAAAUUACUAGUUGUUCUGUCCAUAACGAUAGAGCUUUGUUCCUCAUUCAGUAUGUGACAUCCUCAUCUUCAAGGAAAGGAACACCAGUCAUAAUUACUGAAGUUAUGCAUAAGAAGGCUUUUUGGAUGUGAUAUCCAAAUCGGAAUUGUGAAAUUGGGUCUCCUAAAGAAAAAAGAUAAACCUCAAUUUUAUUCUUUUCCCUUUCAGUACUCAGACCAGAAAAAAACUUUGUUGAAGUUCACAUUCUUCUGGGCUUUAAAUCUAUUUGCUUGAGUCUUAUUCCAUUUUGUGGAUGCAAUACUAAUGAAUAGCUGUGGUUCUGUAAUAUUGUGUUCUUUUCAUUUCCAGGAAAGGCUUGAAGUCAAAUUUAAAGGCCUGGUUGAUUCAGUCAGGUAUAAGCACUUUUUUCCUUAAUACGCAUUGCUUAUAUCAUAUAGCAUCUCAGGUGUAUUGUCUCUUUGUUCGUUUGUUGUAUUACUGGUAAGUGGAUUUUAGGUGAAUGAUGUUAAACUCUUUAUUUCCCCUCAGAAAUGAGAUGUUCCUUCUCGAACAAGGAAAAUUUGCUCGUAUUCAAGAGGAAAACCAGGUACAAAUUGGAAAAAGUGAGAUUUAAUAGUUCGUAGUAAUCAAUAGGAGAAGCUACUGCAUUUGUCAUCAGAUUAUCAGUGUACACUUUCAACUCAAUCAAGUCUGUUUAAAGGGGGUAAGUUUCCAGAGAAACUGUGGUGCUGCGUCGGUUGAGGGUAUUGCGAAAUAAUUUGGUUUUAUCAACUAAGUUGAUAGUGUUAAUUGGUCACCGUAAAGGGUUUCUGAAGCUGGCGCUUCCAUCGUUAGCCCCUCGUCAAAGCGAAUCGCGUUUAGUCAACGCUUGAAACGUGAGCUUUAGAAUCUCUUUACGGCGGCCAACUCAGCGUCUCAACUCAGUUGAUAGAAAAAUUAUAAUGUCUGUUUAGAAUACGAGAAGUCCCCUUUUCCGACGCGAUUCGUCUUGCGAUACCAAACAAAUCAGCGAAGGCCAUUUUCCGCGCUGUUUUGCCGCUCGUCCAAGGGAUCUCCAAAACGCAGUAACAUGCUUUGGCUCGCAGAAAUCACACGAGGAAUACGUGCCAUCGGAAUACAAUACACCGCAUUUCAAACAGAGUUCUGGCUAAAAAUUACUUCCUUCCUCACGCCACGCGCCUUUGUGGCUCUGAUAGAAAAUAUGGACUGCUCGUGGUCAAAUGUUUGUGAAAGAUGGUUGAUAUUGAACUGAAUUUGCUAUUUUUCUUUUUCUUGUUUAUUAGAAACUAAGAGACGAAGUUAAAUCCCUCAAAGGAAUUUUACAGGUAGAAACAGCAUCAAUGAUUUUUUACAACUUCUCAUUAUAGUCAAUAUCUUGGAUUUCAAUGACAUAAAUCAAGUUCUGCAUCUGAUGAUGUUGCCCCUUCUAGGACGAGGUGGCAAAACUCCGAGGCGGAAUGGCACUAGAUUUCAGCCUGGAAAAGAGUCGUAUCAAAGAAGAGGUUUGCUCUGAAACACUUCUGCACUUGCCUUGUGUUUGGUUCCAGUUGAACGUUUAAAGUAAAUUUGCGUCCCUGUGCGAAUUACUUCGAGUCUACUCAUAAGCGUCUCAAUUCUUCUGAACUGCUUCAUUUCAGCUUGCACAACGAGACCAGAAAAUUAAGGACACAGAAAACAGAAUAGAGACUGAGGUAAGGCUGGCUGAGAACGUCUGCUAUUAUUUCUUAUUGUAAUGUUGCGCGUUGGUAACAGAUGGAACAAUUUUCAAUUGAGUGUCGAAAGUAAUCCGAUUGGAUUAAAAGUAAUUGGGAUCGCUUUGGUUUUACUAAACCUUGCUCAGUGAUUGGUCCAGAAAACACGAGCUAUCCUCUCAAUCAAUCAGAUGCAAAACUAAAAACAAUUCCCGCGCAUCAAGCAGUUUUCUUGUUUUCACUUUGAGGUUUCAUUUGCGAAUGAUAGUGUAAACCUCUGUUCUUAUCGGAUAACUCUGGUUUUGGUUUUCGAAAAAAAAAAAACUGUUCUAUUUAGCUUUGCUUGAUAUACUGGUUUGUGAUUAAUCUAGGUAGCCAAACUGGGGACACAACUUGAAGCGCAGAAGCUGGAUUUAAUCAAGUACAUUGUCGGUAAGAAGCCAAUAUUAUCCUCGUUGGUUAUUCGCUGUUUUGCAGUUGUUUUGCUACGAAAAAACUGGGUGCUCACGUACCGACGACUUUUCUCGCGGCGUCGAAUUCUCAUAACAUCGCCCUACUCAAGGGCAUGGGUGGCAUCUCUCAGGCGAUCAUUUGGCGGUGUUUAAAAAUGGUUUGUUUUCACUGCAACUGCGAAUUUACAGACGCUUUUUGUGGAAUAAUUAUAUUGGAGGUCACCAUGACUCGAUGUUAUGAAGAAAUUCGCGCAUUCGUCAGCUCCCUAAGACUAGAUGACCGUGACUAGAGAAUGAGAGACAACUGUUUGUUUUGAGAUAUUUGCCCAAGUGAUACGUUUGUGAACUGGUGGGUCGAUAUCUAGAGGGGUAGGAGAGAGGUGGGGGGUGGGGGGUGCAAUUGACUGUACGGUUGUAUUCCGCCCGAGAGCUAUAGUGUUUUUCAAGCUGGAUGUAUUUAUAUAGCAGAGAUUUCACAUGUUGAAAAUGUGAACGAGCUUAUCCUCAACUGGGCUCUAGUCACUCAAGCUGACAACACGUUAGCUGGUGAAAAGCCUACGUGGUCACAGUUGGUUGUGUUUCAAGUGUUUUCGAUCACACAUUUACGUCUGUUUUGUUUUUUGUCAACAGGAAGUUUACUGUCUUGUGUGACGCUUUUCCUAGCUGUCUGGCGAUUUGUGAAGACGUAAAAGAAUAAUUCGAAAAAAAUCAUUCUACGAUAGCUUUUUAUUUUGGGCUUAAAUUUCGCGUAGUUCGCGGGCGAGUUACCGCAACCGUGGACGUUUUCGUCGAAAGAUUCAGAUUAAAGGAGCUAUCUUUGACUUCCAGGAUUGAUCAUUAUGCCAGCUCUCCUUACAAUUUUUAAAACACUGUCAAGUACACACUUCAUGAGAAUCAAGAAAUUCAUCAAUCGGGUGACACUUUGGUGAUCGAACCUCAAAUUAUUCAGACGAGUUAACAGAAAAAUAUAUCAUUUUCAGCUGAAAGAAUGGGUCUAUAAAUCCAAGGAGGGAAAAGGUUAAAAUAAUGUAUAUACCUCUGCGCGGAAUACUAUAAAAGCUAUUCCACUCCUUCUAGAGAUUAUAGACUAUUAUCUCUUCACUCUUCUAACAAUUACCGAAAUUUAUGAAAAUUCCGAGUUCUAGAGAUAUUUGUGUCGUCUAACUUUCACCAUGUAUCAUGAUGAAACUGCAGAAGUGGCGUUUUUUGCCAAAUAAACCCUAUCCCAUUUUUUAGGGGAAAAAAGCAAUCUUUUGCAGCCUUUGAUACAAAACAUCUUGCCAAUCCAAAAACUGCCCUUUCCGGUCCUUUUAUAACAAUGAUCCUCGAUAAUACUGCGAGAUUAGGGUCCCUAUUCUGUCUAUACUGGCAGUCUAUUUAUAAAGGAUUUUACAGACAACCGUGCUGGUUAAGAUUUACUUUGAUAUCAGAAGGUAUAAGGUAUAAGAAAUUAAAGAUUUUUAUUUGCCUC